UAGCAUCCAAAUUGAAGAAUUGACAAUCUAUUCAUCACACAGCCGGAUCUUUACGGAAAUCAAAAAAGAAAGUAUGCAGAGCUUCGGAAUGUAUCAGUUACACUUAGUGGUAACUAUUCUUUCCUGUCUCAUAUUAGGAGCGAAUGCAUUUAGUUAUAAGGAUGCUAAAAACUGGGGCCAAAAAUAUCCACAAUGUAAAGGAAAAAAUCAAUCUCCCAUCACUAUUAAGCCACCUGGCGUUAUGGGCUUUCCAGACUUUAAGAAAAAACCUCUAAAACUUACAGACUUUAAAAAAACUCCUGAGAAAUUGACCAUAAGGAAUAAUGGGCAUACUGUGGAAAUGAAAGCUGACUGGACUGGAGAGCCUCCAAGUUGUUCUGGUGGACCCCUUCGUGGGAAAUACGUAUUUGGGAAAGCCACUUUUCAUUGGGACCAAAAAGGGUGGAAUUACGUGAAUACUUUUAUGAUGAUGCCUUUAGAAGAGAUGGAGAUGCAUAUGUAUUUUUAUAGAGCAGAUUUGAAAUCAUUUGAUAAAGCUGAAACACAAAAAGACGGUCUUGCAGUAUUGAGCAUGGAGUUCACGGAAAUUAUCAGACAGACUUGCUUCCAGUCAGGACAUCAACUGGGCUGCCUGAUACAGACGGAUUUUUUCGGCCGCAGUCCGGUUCUGGCUAGUCCGUCAUGA